AUGAGUUGCGUAACAUUUUACCCCAUCACUGUGCCGCAAUCUCCCGUGCUGUGUAAACUGAGAGAGGAAAUUAAACUUUUUACCAAAAUACUGGUAAAACUACGUGGCGAAGUUGACGAUUUGGAAAAUGGAGUGGGUCCAGACGCAGAAAACUAUGAAAACGGGGUUGAUCCGCUGCGACAUUUGGAUGAUGGCUCGUUGUUGCUGGUACUCGACCACCGUGGAUCUAUAAAAAUCGAAGCUUGGGAACUAGAAAAAUGCGAUUGUCACUUCUGCCGUUAUUACACUUUGCCACAAAGACUCGAGAAUCUUCCAGAUCAUUCACUGGGACGUAGAGAAGCACAGGAACAGCUGGGUGGACGUGAAACAAUGUCGAUGUUGGAUCAGCUACAGGAAAUGGGCUUUGAACGCAGCAUAGCGUACGUUCCAAUUUCAUUUGCGUAUCAAGAAAAGGAAGCUGCGAAUGCGCCCGAUCAUCCGGACGAAAAGUCGAGGUCGAUUGUGGAAUUUGCCGAGGAAGAACCGCAACCGCAGAAAUCAUCGACCACGGAAACGCCGCAGGCAAUGUCCUUUAAAUGCGAUGUAUGUGGCAAGCUUCUAGCUAACGACCAAGCAGUGAUGUUUCAUGCAGCGGUGUCAAAACACGAUGCGUUCAGUGAAUCGUCGGAAGCUGUGAAACCGUUAUCAGAAGAGGAGAAAAAAGAAAGAUUGGCGACUCUGCAGGCAAAGCUCAAGGAAGCAAGGGCGAAAAAAGAGGAAGAAGAAAGAAGGGAGGCAUUGGAAAAGGAAGCAGAGGCACGUCGGCGCGUACUGGAACAAAUUCGUUUGGAUCGAGAAGCUCGAAAAGCAGCAACCACAGGGGAACCACAGCCUGAAGUAGUUCAACGACCGGAACCCACACCUCCAGUGAAUGUAGCGCCUGUUUUGCGCGACAGUGAAUUUUGCCAGCUGCAAGUGAGGCUGCAGGAUGGUGCAGUUAUCAGGGAGAAAUUCAAAUCCACUGAGCCACUAUCACACGUGCGUUUAUGGGUAGAAAUUAACAGCAGGGGGCACUCCGAUGGUAUGCCGUUCACACUAAUGAUGCCUUUUCCACGAAAAGUAUUCACUCGAGAAGACAUGGAAAUGUCUCUUCAACAGCUCGGUAUCGCUUUUGACUCUUAAGA